AUGUUCGGCGAGCCAGAAGACAAGAAGCCUGACAUCCACAACCUCCCCACUCCCUCUCUCUCUCCCACCCCAGAGGCCGUCAGUCGCCAGCUACCAGUCAGCUCCUACUCGCCGCCCUUCUCCCCCGACAGCCAGCUUACCGCCUUGCUGGAGCGGGGCGUCCGUGCAGGCCUCACAAGCGCCACUCCGACCCAAACGGCCUUCAACAUGGACCCCUCAGCUGUGUCUUCCGCGUCCUCGUCCUCGUCCUCGUCCAUUCCCGCUCCCACUGCCGCGGGGAUCAUCGCCGCCCAAAAGCGCAACCAAGCGUUUGUCCACAAAUAUGCCUUCAACCACCGCGACGUCCCCAUGGGUUUCUCUGAGGAGGGCACCGCCUACAAUCGCCGGCGUCUCGAAAGCCGUAUCCUCUUGUACCGGGCAAUCAAGGCCGAUCUCGACGGCGCCAUCGAAGAAAGCCGGGCCGAACGGCGGGACCUCCUAGGUGUCGUGGCGCAGUUCCGCGACGACCGCGAUCAAGGUAAACCUGAAGGCCACGCGAACUACGUCGAGGCCAGGUGGGCCAAGGACGGGAUCGAGGACGACAUCAAGUUAGAUCAGUAUCUUGUGGAAAAGCUCGACAAGCAUAUAUCGCUGUAUGCCACCUGGCUUGCGGAGGUGUCCGCUGGCCUGCCGUCCAGUCGGACGCGCGUGAGAACGGCAGAGGAGCAGAAAGCUGCGGCAAGGAAUGUCGGUGGGUGCGGCUUGCGACCUGUGUGCGAGAGGUCAAAUGUUGACCUGCCAGACCACGCUUCCCGACAACUCGCAGUCGGAGAACACGAUGGCGAAGCAAGACCCCGGCAGCGUCGUAACACUGCCACUGCGGCACCGUCACCCCCGACGCCGACCGCCCGCAGCGCACGCUUCGAUCCGUUCGGCAGCGCCAAGAGGCCACCGCGCUAA